UUAAACCUUGCCUUGAUGGCUCUUGACUCGGUCCGAUCACCAAUCCUGGCCAACAACCUUUCCCAUUAUGUAGCACUUUCUUCCACUGUUAAUCUUCUUCGCCGUUUAUAUAACCCUCCGCACCUCCACUCUUUCCUCUCCAUUUCAAAAUCGUCGCACUACCUCUUUCUUUCUUUCAUUCUACACCUACACCACCAUCGACUAUCACCUACAUCACCAUCAUCGGCUACUACCUCCACCACCAUCUCACUAACAUCGUCCAGUAGCGAGCUACAACACUCUUUUCUAUUCCUUCCUAUCUAUCUCUGUAUCUCUCUUAAAUAGCAUUGCACCACCUUGAUUUAGGAUUUUGAUUUUCUGAUUUGAUACCAUCAUCGAGUCCGCUUUCUCCCGCUCAAUCCAUCAUUUGAAUCCCAAAUUUUUCGUUCACGAUCACAUUGCCCUUGAUAUCGGACCUGCCCACAUAUAUCCCCAGGCGCCAACGUCCAAUCUUCACAACCCUAAACCCUGGACCCAAAAGAACCCUAGCCGCCGUUCCUCACCCUCGCUCUUCCAUUUCCGUCUCUGCUAUGACCAAGAGUUGUCAUUCUUCAACCACCCAUACAAGAGGAAUAUAUGGAGUUAUUACAGUUUCUAGACUGUGUCUUUACCAACGUCAUCAGCUAAGCAUUAAAAAUUCUCAAAUCAAGAGGAGUGGUGAAUUUGGUAAUAGACAUUUGUGCCCUGCAAGCUCUGAUCAUUGGUUGGUGUCGUUGAUGAAGAUAUUGAAAAAAAAUGAUGCUGGUGAAGUCCUUAUAGUGUGUUGCUCACUUGCUCUUAUCGGUGUUGCAUUGGUGCUUUCUCCUUCUAGGCUGAUCCAAUUCCUCAAAGGAAAUUUAAGACUUUGGAUACGUAAUGAUAUUGGUUCUAUAGCUUUGACUGUGAUGUUGAUGGUUUUGUGGUGUAAUAUGGUCAAUACACGAAAUCAGGUUGUUGAAGAUAACACUACAGAAAAGACCAACUGAUAUGGGUUUGUCGGUUUUUUCAACUGAACUAAUCUUGAUGGUGCUCUUGGUAUAUUAACAGAAAGUAAGAUUGUUGAUGUAUUAUUUUAGUUCAUCUAAUUCUAUUGAUAAAGUGUUUUUACAGAUCUGACAGAAGAUCAAAGGUUAUCAGUUUAUAUAUGUUGUUGUAUACAACUUUGAUGAAAGAUUAUAGAAUAUGGUGUUGAAUUAUUGGUUUCAUAAGUUGGAGUUCUAAUAUCUACAUAGGCUCUAUGAUUUUGUUUAAAGAAAAUUUUACCCCUUCUUGAUUUUCUUGUAUGCUACUGUUGAUGUUAAAGUUUUUCUAGAAUAAUGACAAUUCUGUCCUUGGAUAUCA